AUGCCUCGCCCAAAUCUUAAUCGCCCGCGGCGGCCCUGGUGCAUUGCCAUUGCCAUUGCGGUGGCCGUAGUGGUGAUCGUGGUCAUUGUGGUGCCAUGUGCCGUCAUUUUGACCCGGAAGAAGCAUCACGCAAAGCAGACCAACGUGCUGUACCCUUUGUACAUCUACCCUACCAACAGCAGCACCUGGAGUCCCUUGUAUAAGGAAAUCACUGAACGCCCCGAUCUAAAUUUCACGGUGAUCAUCAAUCCAUCAAGUGGACCGGGAAACACCACGUAUCCGGAUGAAGCGUAUAGCACCGAGGUCGAACGCCUCGCGAGCUACGCGAACGUUCGCCGGGUGGGAUAUGUGCGCACUGGAUACGCGACCCGCAACAUCUCCUCGGUGUUAGCCGAUGUAUCAACCUAUGCGGGGUGGGCGAACCAGUCGGCUGAAUUAGCUAUGGAUGGGAUCUUCUUUGAUGAAGCGCCCUACGUUUACUCGGCGGACAAGGUCGAGUAUAUGAACACCAUCAACGCGGUGGUGAAGAAUUCCACGGGGCUGCAAGGGGAACGAAUGAUUAUCCACAAUCCCGGCACCAUUCCGGAUAGUCGCUAUCACUCCAACACAACCGACGUCACUGUGGUAUUUGAGAGCUCGUACGAUGAUUACCACACCCAGAAAGGCAAGCUCAAUGCGCUGGCGUCCGACCGUACCGGGUACAGCUACAUGCUGCAUUCAGUCCCCGAGAUGGGGAACAGUACUCUGCGGAGCCUGGUGGACCAAUUGAGUCUGAAAGCUGAGUACUUGUUCCUGACGACGUUGACGGAAGAUUACUACGAGAGUUUUGACCCAGCGGGGCCCACGAUUAUCGACCUGAUGCCGAGUUAA